AUGGCGACGGCGGCGACAUCUCCGGCCACCGCGCCCUCCUCCUUCCCCUCCACCGCCCGAAAGUCCACCCUCACGACCCUCCGCGUCUCUAGGAAGCUCAAACUCGCCCCCGCCGCGCUCUCGUCCGACCCGUCCCCGGCCUUCCGGUCCGUCACGGCGUUCGCGCCGGCCACGGUGGCCAACCUCGGCCCGGGCUUCGACUUCCUCGGCUGCGCGGUCGCCGACGCGUCCCUCUCCCUCGGUGACACUAUCACCGCCACCCUCGACCCCGCCCUGCCGCCCGGCACCGUCGCCAUUUCCGCCGUCACCUCCCCCGCCCGCCCGGACCUCGCCGCCCGCCUCUCCCGCGACCCUCUCCGUAACUGCGCGGGCAUCGCCGCCGUCGCCACGCUCCGUGCCCUCGGCGUUCGCUCCCACGCCGUCUCCCUCGAGCUCGCCAAGGGCCUGCCCCUCGGCUCGGGCCUCGGCUCCUCCGCUGCCUCCGCCGCCGCUGCCGUCAAGGCCGUCGAUGCGCUCUUCGGCUCCCUGCUCUCGCCCCACGAACUCGUCCUCGCCGGACUCGAGUCCGAGAAGGCCGUCAGCGGCUUCCACGCCGACAACAUCGCCCCGGCCAUCCUCGGCGGCUUCGUGCUCGUCCAAAGCUACGACCCGUUCAAGCUCGUCCAGCUUCCCUGCCCGCCUGCCCUCCGACUCUGCUUCGUCCUCGUCACGCCGGACUUCGAGGCGCCCACUUCCAAGAUGCGCGCCGCGCUGCCCAGGCACGUCGACAUGGGCCAGCACGUCCGCAACGCCAGCCAGGCCGCCGCGCUCGUCGCCUCCGUGCUGCUGGGCGACGCUGCCGGCAUUGGCUCCGCCAUGUCGUCAGACGGCAUUGUUGAGCCCACCAGGGCGCCACUCAUACCCGGCAUGGCCGUGGUCAAGGCCGCUGCUCUGGAGGCCGGGGCGUUGGGGUGCACCAUCAGCGGAGCCGGCCCAACCGCUGUGGCUGUCAUCCAAGGGGACGAGAAGGGGGAGCAGAUUGCGAGGAGGAUGAUUGACGCCUUCUGGUUGGCAGGAAAGCUCAAAGCAACAGCCACCGUCGCCCAGCUCGAUAGAGCCGGUGCCAGGGUUAUCGCCACUUCUAGAUUGAAGUAGAAAGGGAGUAAAAUGGUGUCAAGGAAAUCCUGAGAAGAAUUGGGAGUACAAUCAAAUCUUGGAAGAUCCUUUGCAUGGACAAACUCAGCUCUUCUAAACGAGAACUUGCUACUUCUGGACCAUCAUCGUGGGGAGCUCCUAAGGAUUGCCUGGACCUGAAUCUUCUGCUGUUGGGUGCUGUCACUGGAAACCUGUCCAUGUGCCCAAUGGUGAAUCCUGUUGAUCGUUGGCGCCAGGAGAUUGCCUCUGAGGAACUCAUUGAGCGAGCACAUAUGCUUCAGUUCUAAAAACUGUAAGAUCGAGUUUCCUUUGUAGAUUUUCUUUCUGGUGUUUCUGCCUUCCUGUACUUAACAGACAAGCUCUGUCUGCUCAAAAAACCUGUCACACUUGUGGUUGCGUUUUUAAUGGAACCACAGCGCGUGGCCUCUUUAAUUCUAAAAAAAAUCGGUCCCGUUCUUAUCACCACGAGGAUAUAUUACCUGAGAAUGAAUGGGUUUGAUCCGUUCAGACCAUAGAAUUCAAGAGAGGAGACAGAGUGGUUCAUGCGGUGACGUCCAAUCAAGUGGAGUGCCCCCCAUGUGUAUCAGCGCAGGGGUGACUGUCACUGCAUGCCGCACAGUCGUGAAUGGGGGUGACUGAAUGGCGGUGACGCUACUCUUGGAGAAGUUCGCGUGAAGGCCCGCUGCAGCCCAAAAAGCUAGCAGAAGCAGCUUGACUGUUGCAAUUUCGUUCUCGGCUGGACUGACGAACAGGACAACAUCGUUGGCAUAUAGGGAUAUGCGGUGCGGCAUGCGCUGAUGUCCAAUCUGGUGGAGUGCCCCAUGUAUCAGCAGUGAUGACAAGCUUGGCAGGCGCAUCCAUCACGAUGCCGAAGAAGAGAGGUGACAGGGCCACAGGGGGUCUCCCUGGUGAAGCCCGCGACGAUGAUGGAUGAGCUCGGUCAGGUGGCCAUUCACAAGGAUUCUUCUUGUUGCAGAAGAGAGUAGGACUGCAAUCAGGUUGCGCCAACGAAGAAUGAAACAACGGGUCUCGAGGACCUCAAGCAGAAAUUCCCAGGAGAUGUAGCGAAUGCCUUCUCAAACAUCCAGCUUAAAGGCGGGGAAAAACAAACACGUUUCAUUUUGGCCAAGCCAAUCGUAACAAAUAUAUUGCAUGUGAUUCAUCAAAGGAGAAUCAUUUGCCAUCUCCCACAAGUUGAGUUAACAGAAACCGUGCAAGCAUGGCUGCACAGGGAGCACAUGGCUUUUUUUUUUUUUUUGUAAGAGAUCUAUUCAUCAUGUCGAACAUAGUUCAUAUGUUCAGUGUGCGAUUAGGGGAGCUUAAAAUCGAAAAUACCGAAUGGAACCCGGGUACGGGCGAGGAUGAAAGUGCAGCCAAUCUAAGAGCAACACCUGUCAGACUACAUGUGUAUUUGGUAGCAGGUAUAUGAGGUAAGUGGUGUGUAUUUCUCUGCUCACCGACGCGUGACAUUGAUUGGCAUUAAAUCCCCUGCCCCGCAUCGCUCCUUCUCAUCUCUUCCUCCUCGCCAUCCAGCGCCUCCACCUUCCGCAGCCACCUCCCAUUUCUUCUCCUGUUCCGCACCGUGGAACUGGCGGCCGGAGUGCUCGCGGCGUGAAGGAGAAGACGAUCUGGCGGCAGGAGGCCCGCGGCGGGGCGCAGCGGCCGUCAACGGUGAGUCGCCGCGUCCAGAUACUCACCGGCACGCGCGCCCUCGAGCUCCAGCGCGCCUCCCGGCCGGCGUUGAUGCCAACCAUGGCGGCUGUUCGGCGGUGCGCGCUAGCUCGGGCGAAGGAAGAGGAGGAUUUCCUGGCCGAGCUAACUCGGGUGGCGGGGGGCUCCGGCGGGGCGCAGUUUUCCGAGUCAAGGCGGCGCGUGGCAGCGGUGGGGGCAGCACCGGCUCCGUCUUCAUCAGCCGAGAGGCCCCCGCGACAGCGGCUGUUCCGGCCCGUGCCGAAGCCGGCUUUCAAUCUGUACAGCCCCUGCAAUCUCCUUCAAUUUCUUUCGAUUUUGUCUCAGUGGUACUGUGUAUCUGCUAAAGGGUACCUGUUAUUUUCUUUGAUCUCAAUCCGAUCUGAUCUGAUAAAGGGAACCUGUUAUUUUCUUCCAAUCCAAA